ACCCAUCUCACAAGCAUACUACAAAAAACAUGUCAGCCUCAUUAGCACCGGAAUGCAACCAAGUCAAGGAGCGCUACGACAACUGCUUCCUAAAGUGGUACAGCGAGAAGUUUUUGCGUGGCACUGCUACAACUGAUGACUGCAAACCCAUCUUUGAGCAGUACGAAAAAUGUCUUUCUAGAGCGCUGAAUGAACGAGGCAUUGACAAGAUGCUUAAAGAAGUGCGCGAAGACAACAAAGAAAACGAUGCCGAGCAUAUGAAACCUAGUCGAUGAGCAUUGGAACAUAGAUACUAGUCCGUCCUGGUAGCAUUUUUCCUUUCGCUUUUCAACUACCUCCACACUCCAAAAUUUAUC